AUGAGGAUCUGGAGCUCCGAGCACGUGUUCGGCCACCCGUGGGACACGGUGGCGCAGGCGGCCACACGGAAGUACCCGAACCUGAUGAACCCGAGCAUGGUGGGCGUGGACGUGCUGGACCGCCGCGUGGACAGCCGCGGGCGGCUGCACAGCCUGCACCUGCUCAGCACCGAGUGGGGGCUGCCCGGCCUGGUGGGAGUGAUUUUGGGGACCAGUAAGACUUUAACGUACAUCCAAGAACAUUCUGUGGACCCAGCAGAAAAGAAAAUGGAACUCUGUUCCACCAAUAUCACGCUCACAAAUUUGGUGUCGGUUAAUGAGAGGCUGGUGUAUACACCUCAUCCGGGGAACCCAGAACUGACGGUGCUCACCCAGGAAGCCAUCAUCACCGUGAAGGGCAUCAGCCUCGGCAACUGCUUGGAAAGUCUGACGGGCAACACAACCUCGUCCAAUGCGAAGAAGGGAUGGGCUGCCAUCGAGUGGAUAAUCGAGAAUUCUGAAAGUGCUGUCAGCUAAGGAGGCCGCACCAGCACCUCUGAUAAGCAGCAGUACCUGUGGCCUUCAUUAUCCUGAUAACUCACCAAAAAAAAAAAAAGGAAGAAAGAAGAGAAAAGAAAAAGGAGAAACAGAGAAAGAAAAAGAAAAGGAACCAGAAGGUUUAAAGAAAAAGAGAGAAAACCAAGUCUGGUUGUGGUUGGCUGGCCCAGUCUGGGAGAGGUGGAAUCUGCUGGAACCAGCCAUGAUGUGAUCAGAGCCUCCCCAUGGUGACCUCCCAGGACACAGUGGCCAGGGCGCAGCUGGAAGCUCUAGUGUGUCCCAGAGCCAGACAGUGGAAGGAGCUGGGCCGGCAAGGGAAGGGCCAGGCAGG